ACAUUCAAGCCAUCGCACCAUUUUCCUCACUUCAGAAUCAUAAAUGUUUAUUUAAAAAUAAUCGUUGCGUUUCAAACAUCUUGCAUAAACGCAUUCAAUUAUCAUAGCAGUGUUAUCCUACACGAGAAGCGCUCAUCAUUACAUUUACACCAAUAGCCAGCCCAAUCAUUCAGUCAGUGCGCUGCCGGACGGCAGGGUCGACGCGUGUUGUGUGCCAAAACUUAGUAUCCAAGUCUAGAAAAAUUAAAAACAAAGUGUGUCAAAAUGGCCGAUGGUGAAAUGCCACUUGUAAGGAGUUUUGGAGGGAACGAAGUUGAAUUUGGCGCGAACGCGAACGGGACCAAGGUCACUAAGAAUUCGAGAAUGUCGACCCUGCUCUUCUGGCAGGGAAAGGGCAAGAGCAACGGCGCGCCCAACGGACGAAAUUGGAUACACGCCCCCGACGCACUCGUGAAAGGACAUGUCGCAUAUUUAGUCAAGUUCCUCGGCUGCACUACAGUCGACCAGCCCAAAGGCAUCGAGGUGGUGAAGGAGGCCAUCAAGAAACUCCAGUUCACGCAGCAGCUCAAGAAGUCGGAGACCAAGGAUGCCGCCAAGUGCAGGAAGGUGGAGAUCACCAUCUCCGUCGACGGAGUUGCCAUACAGGAGCCACGCUCAAACAACAUAAUGUACCAGUUCCCGUUACACCGAAUAUCCUACUGCGCGGACGACAAAGGAGCGAAGAAGUACUUCUCGUUCAUCGCGAAGCACGGCGGCGAAGCGAACGGGCACGUCGAGAAGCAUGAGUGCUUCGUGUUUAUUUCGACGAAGUUGGCGUCGGAGAUUACGCUUACUAUUGGACAGGCGGUCGAUUUGGCGUAUAGGCGAUUCAUGAAUGACAACGGCAAAUACAUCGAAAUGCAGAAGCUGUCGCUACAGAACAAGAAGUUGGAGUUACAGAUGAACACGUACAAAAAUCGUUUACAAGAGCUAUCGAAGAUCACUUACAAGGACGACCUAUCAGCGUACCUGGCGCGCAACAAUCUGUCAGACAUCGCAGAGUUCAAGGCACCAGCCGACUUGGAUAAGCAGAUCGCAUCUCUUACGCUGGCCAAUGGGUUCAGCGCUAUGAAUGGUACUAAAACUCCUGAGGGAAAUAGCAACGGCCAAGACGCGCUGUCGCACAACUCAUCCACAGAUACAUUCAACUCCACCAACGACAACAACCUUCUGUUGUCGACGCCGCCGCCACAACACAAUGGGAAGACGAACUUCAGCACUGGAAAGCUCCUGGGCGAUCUGUCGGGCAAGAACCCAGUCGUAGGCACCAAAUUGGAAGGCCUACUGCUCAACUCUGACUCGGACAGUGAUUUUGACCCACGCGCGUUCGAGGCGGAAACCGCCCCACGCUACUCUACGCCGCCCGACCAAAGCGUCACGACCACACCACCGCUGCUGGCGCCUCCACCAAAAGCGUCGAAACGCCAGAACACGCCCCAACAACCCUCCCCGCAGCACCCUCAAACCCCCCAACCCCCCGUACAAAACGGUAGUGACCUCUUCGGCUCCACCCCCUUCGCCGUCUCCAACCAAUACACCCCUCAACUAACCUCACCCUUCGCCACCACAAAAACCAACCAACCCAACUACGAUAUUUCCGAUUUUAACCUCCAAACAUCGGUUUUUAACAACACUUCGUUCACAAACGGUCUGAGCGGGUACGACCCUAUCGAGCAGAAGAACAAUAUCUUUGGCAACGGCUAUGGGACCGCUUUCAAUGGCUUCGGCAAUCUCAGUGAGAAGCAGACGGUGGAGCUUGAUAGCAGUUUCAACGGGUUCUUAGAUAAAACUAUUUCGGAGAUGAAGGAUGGAUUCAGCAGAGGGAUCACCUUUGGAAACGAUGAUUUUUCAAUAGAUAACUUCGACCCAUUGAAGAAGAAUUGAGUUUUACCGUUAAGAAAUAAAUAAAAUAGAUGAAAUUAUAGUUAAUUAAAAUAUUGCUUUCAUCCACACAAACUAUAUGUAAUUAAUGCAAGGUUACAAAAAACAUUAAUUUUAUUUUAUAAGCGUUGCGUGGAUUUAAACGAUGUUUGCAAAUUGUACGAAAUUUUAUAGUUCUGUAUUGCCAUGUUAUUGGUAUAAAUCUAACUUCUUUCAUUGUAAUCGGCAACAAUAUACAUUUCUAUUAAAUCCUAUUUAAUAUAAUUCUUAUAUCAGUAAUAUAUUUUGUAAAAAAGAAUCUCAAAAACCGGUAAUGUGUCAAAACAUUGCAUUGUUUAUAAAAAAAUGUUAGGUAUAAAUUUUGGUGAUAUAUUUUAGAUUAUACGCGGAUAUAUACGCUCAAUGUCAUUCCAAAAGUGCCUUACAUUACGAUAACUUUUUCGAGUAAUUAAUUAUACAAAUAAUUAUUAACAUUUUCUCCCGAUUCGUAACGUGUGAGGUUUCACCAAUAAUUUUUUAACUAAAAUAUAUUUUGGUAGAAAUUGAUUUAGCUGUGAAUUCAGUAUUGUAAAUCGAUGGUAAGUUUCAAAAUUACCCAGUUCGAAUUAAAUUUGAAGAUCGCCUCAAAUUAUUCUGUGAUAAUUCUUUUCAAAGUUGAGGGACUUCAAAAUGUAUAUUAUAUAUUUAAAAACGUCCAAACAUGACUGAAUUUUAUUGGAGGGAAUUAUAUCAUCGCUUGUAACCAGAUGUAAAUAAAUAAUAUAAUUUAAGGUCGUUUAUAUACAUUUUAUUAGUUUACGAAUGACAUUGUAGCUUUUAAGGGUCAACAUUCCAUGAAAUCUUAAAAUGAUAAUGAAUUAUGUUACUAUUUUUACUCCUGAUUAUUUACAAAAUAUUUUAUUAAUAGUUGUAUAUAAUGUGCCCGUAAUAAACUGUUGUAUCGCCUUGUCUCGUUAGUAGAAUAUUAUAUUAAGUACCUAUUGUUUACACUAAUGUAAUGUUAAGGCCAAAAGAAUACAUAUUGUGUAUUUUUAAUAAUAAAACUUACGUUUAUA